AUGAUCCCCCCGAGCGGCGCCCGCGAGGACGGCGUGGACGGGCUGCCCCGGGAGGCGCCGAGCGCCCAGCAGCCGCCCUCUCCGGCGUCCAGCGGCAGCCAGGAAUCCAAGCUCCAGAAACUAAAACGAUCACUUUCUUUCAAGACCAAGAGUUUACGGAGCAAAAGCGCCGACAACUUCUUCCAGCGAACCAACAGCGACGCGAAGCCGCCGGCGGACGCGCCGGCCGAGGGCAGCCCCAGCUCCAGCCCCCUCCCUGCGCCCGGAAGCCUGGCGUCCACACCCACCAGGGCCGGCCUGCACCCAGGGGCCGGCGGCAAGGCCCACGCCUUCCAGGAGCACAUCUUCAAGAAGCCCACUUUCUGUGACGUCUGCAACCACAUGAUUGUGGGAGCAAACGCUAAGCAUGGGCUGCGCUGCAAGGCCUGUAAGAUGAGCCUCCACCACAAGUGCAUGGACGGCCUAGCACCCCAGCGGUGCAUGGGCAAGCUGCCAAAAGGGUUUCGGCGUUACUACAGCUCCCCCUUGCUCAUUCACGAGCAGUUCGGAUGCAUUAAGGAAGUUAUGCCCAUCGCCUGUGGCAAUAAGGUGGACCCCGUGUACGAGACCCUCCGCUUCGGCACCUCCCUGGCCCAGAGGACGAAGAAGGGCAGCUCCGGCAGUGGCUCUGACUCGCCUCACAGAACCUCUACUUCCGAUCUCGUGGAGGUUCCAGAAGAAGCUGACGGGCCAGGAGGCGGGUAUGACUCACGGAAACGCAGCAACAGCGUGUUUACUUAUCCAGAAAACGGCACUGACGAUUUCAGAGACCAAGCAAAGAACUUAAACCACCAGGGAUCUCUUUCCAAAGAACCAUUACAGAUGAACACCUAUGUUGCCUUGUACAAAUUUGUACCACAGGAGAAUGAAGAUUUGGAAAUGAGGCCAGGAGACAUGAUUACUCUUCUAGAAGACACCAAUGAAGAUUGGUGGAAAGGAAAAAUUCAAGACAGGAUUGGCUUCUUUCCAGCCAACUUUGUUCAGAAAGUACAGCAAAAUGAGAAGAUUUUUAGAUGUGUCAGGACCUUCCUUGGGUGUAAGGAACAGGGACAGAUGACACUCAAAGAGAAUCAGAUCUGCGUGACUUCUGAAGAAGAACAGGACGGCUUCAUCAGGGUCCUCAGUGGAAAGAAGAGAGGCCUCGUCCCCCUGGAUGUCCUAGAAAACAUCUGA